AUGGAAUCUUCGAAAGGGACAGUCUGCCAAGCUCAAGAGGGCCCCAUUCUUUGCACCAACAACUGUGGUUUCUUUGAAAGUGCUGCCAUGAUGAAUAUAUGUUCUAAAUGCCCCAAGUCAAUGAUUUCAGAACAGCAACAGUCAAAACUUGCAGCUUUUUCCAUUGAGAGCAUUGUUAAUGGUAGUUCAAGCAGCAUUGAGAUAGAGCCAGUCUUCGUUGACAUGGUGGAUGUGCAAGCUAGAGCUGUGGAGCUAAAGACUGCUUCUAACCCUGCAUCCUCGAAUUUAGCAUCAGACAGGUUUUCAGACGUGAAGGCAAAAGAAGGCUCCAACAGGUGCACCACUUACCACAAGCGUUUAGGUGUAAUGGUUUUCAAUUGCAGUUGUGGGAAUCCUUUCUGUUCAGUUCAUUGUUACUCGGACAAACAUGACUGCCAAUAUGAUUAUCGGACUGCUGCUCGUGAUGCUAUAGACAAAGCAAAUCUUGUUGUUAAAGCAGAAAAGUUUGAAAAGAUCUAA